AUGUCUCGUCCUCAAGCCAUGCUAGCAGCAUCAGUUUCCGCCCCAGUAGGAGCCUCUCUUACAUUGGCAAAUAUUGAAGCCCAAAGCUUCAUGUAUUUCCGCGAGUACACGACGCGCGAAAUCCCCUUCAACUCGCCCACCAGGAACACGCUAUUCUCCAUGCGGCACGCAAGGGGCAAGAGUCCCUCGCUAGAGCUCUUCAGCCUCACCGAGGCGCAUCAUGUGUUUGCCCUGCGGCAAUAUGUGAAAGCGAUGGGCCAUCUGCGAACGCGACUGGCAGAGAUCGGAGGGGGUAGACAGGCUGCUGAAAUCGCGCUUGUUGCGUGUGUUCUAUUCGUAUGUCUUGAGAUGCUUCAGGGGAACAGGGUCGGUGCGCUGGUGCAUUUACGAAAUGGUCUUAGCGUUCUCUCGGGCAUGCCCAGCCAAGUACAUCGUGGUCAUAGCCGAGGAUGCGACUAUUUGGUUGUGAAGCAGGAGCGGCAGGCCUUGGUGGAUCAGCUAACGGAUAUUUUUGCGCGUUUGGACAUUGACACAAUGUCGUUUGGCGAGCGUGCCCCCGUCUUUCGGAUAGUAUCUCCCGAGGAUAUCAUUGGGAUCGAACUGGUAUUGCCGGCUGAUUUUCAGAGUGUGGACCAGGCUCUUUAUAUCCUCGAUCGCUUGAACAGUACGGUUCAUCACGUUCGUGGAAGACUGUUAGAACUCAGUAGUCAAUCAUGUUCUUCCGAGAAGUUAAACUGGGCCGUCCGUUGCUGCCUGGAGUAUGCCAGUAUCAGAAAGGUCAAUCCAUCACAAGAUCCUGCUGCAUUUGCGCAAUUAGCGAUACUUCACACAAACCUAGCGCAAUGGCUUCUGGCAUUCCAACGCCUGACAGUCAAAAAAGGAGUAUCUAGCGAUAAGGGUGCCGCGGCAGCCAUACUAGUUGAAAUUCGCUAUUUCUACAUGUUUUUCCAAAGGUUCACCUGCCGCAACUAUAUAGAAACCUCCUACGACCAGUUCAACUCUAUGUUCGAACGAAUCGUCCUUCUGUGCCGCAUGCUCGUAGACGGCAUGUCUCCAUCAAAUACUACCCCAUUAACAACUCCAGAAGUAACCUUUACCCUCGACUCGGGCGCAAUCCCUUCCCUGUACCUGACAGCGAUAAAAUGUCGCGAGUCAUCCAUUAGACGGGAAGCCAUAUCCCUCCUUCAUCGAUAUCCUUGUCAGGAGGGCAUGUGGGAGCCAACCAUGAUCGCAAAGUAUGUUGAAGAGAUUGUUAAUCUGGAAGAACGCGCUGCUGCAUCUACUAAGAAAGACAUAUCCACGCCCCUCAAGUGUAAAGACGUGACUGAAGCGAGCCGCUUCAGUGACGUCAUCCUGGCUGCGACUGAGAAUCCACAGCUUGGGAGGCUAGUGUGUGCGCGUUUCCUGCAAGAAACGACAGGGGGCUUGCUAUCAUGGAGCAUUUAA